AUGCGGACAAUGUCAUCCUCUAUCUCGAGGGUCCUCCUCUUAUUGGCUGGCUUCUGCUCCCUUGUUCCUGGCUCCCAGCCUGCAGAUCUUAAAUACAAGGAUGGAGCUUUGCAUGACCAUGAGCAUCAUGAAUAUGUAAUCUGCCAUAACGUCUUCUACAAUGUUUUUGACUUGGCCUUUGCCUUUUACCGGGAGCCAGCUAGUCGGUCAAAAACCGCCAAUACCUUAUUGUCUCCAAUCAGUAUUGUGACUGCUUUUGCCAUGCUCUCUCUGGGGACCGAAGGGGAUACUCUCAUACAGAUCCUAGGGGGCCUGAAUUUCAACCUGAGAGCGGUUUCUGAGGCUCACAUUCACCAGUGCUUCCAGCUUCUCCUCCACAUCUUCCAGCAUCCAGACCACCAGCUCCAGAUCACCAUGGGCAGCAACCUCUUUGUCAGUGACAGUCUGGUGCUUGUGGAUCAGUUUGUGCAGGAUGCCAAGGAGCUGUACCAUUCAAGAGUCAUCUCCAUCAGCUUCAAGGACACAAAACGUGCCAAGGAGCAGAUCAACAAUCAUGUGGAGAGGGAAACCCAUGGAGAAAUAGUGGGUUUGAUAAAAAAUCUGGAGGAAGACACAACUCUCGCCCUGGUGAAUUACAUUUCUUUCCAUGGAAAGUGGACUGUUCAGCUCCUGGCUGAAUACAUUGCGGAAGAAGACUUCCAUGUAAAUGAAAAGACAACCAUCAGGGUGCCCAUGAUCAAUCGCCUGGGUAUAUUUCUCCUGACCCGGGAUGAAGAGCUGUCCAGCUGGGUGCUGGUCCAGCAAUCUCUGGGUGACGCCAUGGCCUUCUUCAUCCUACCCGACCCAGGGAAGAUGCAGCGGCUGGAGGAAGGCCUGACCCAGGAACACUUUCAUAAUAUUCUCGGAACCAUUGACAAAAUGUGAGUCCCCAGUGCAGGAACCAACCUAGGAUCUCUGAGUCAUGUCAAGACUGAACCCUUCAGGACUGGCUAGAGGCUGGGGAGG